AUGGGUCGCGUACGUACCAAAACCACCAAGAGAGCCUCCCGUGUGUGCAUUGAGAAGUACUACCCUCGUCUCACUCUUGACUUCCAAACCAACAAGAGAAUUAUUGAUGAGGUCGCUAUCAUUGCUUCCAAGCGCCUUCGUAACAAGAUUGCUGGUUACACCACCCAUUUGAUGAGACGUAUCCAACGUGGUCCUGUUCGUGGUAUCUCCUUCAAACUUCAAGAGGAAGAGCGUGAGCGUAAGGAUCAAUACGUUCCUGACGUCUCUGAACUCGACAUUGACCGCGUCAACGUCGACCAAGACACUAAGGACAUGCUUAAGGUUCUUGGUUAUGAGCAAAUUCCCGUACGCGUCCUCGCUCCUGCUCCUCAAGAGCGUUUCAACCGUCGCAGAUAGGUAAUGAAAUUUCGGUCGUAAUGGGUCC